AUGUCAGGCUUUCUGGCUGCCGCCAUCUCUGCCACAUUUGUCGGCUCAUUAGCCGAUCUCCAUGGCCGACGGCUCGCCUGCCAGUGCUUUUGCGUCACCUACUCGGCGUGCUGCUUAAGUAUCCUGUCGGAUAAUAUCUUUGUGCUCUUCAUCGGCCGCGUGCUGGGAGGGGUUUCUACCACUCUCCUCUAUAGCGUUUUUGAAUCUUGGCUGGUGACAGAGUUUCAUCGUCAGUGCCUCGACGAAGCCGGUGGAUCUCUAAAGGAUAUCUUCGGACUUAUGACCACACUAAAUUCCAUCAUCGCCAUCAUCGCCGGGCUGGUCGCCCAAGGUGUGGCCGAUUCUAUUGGAACACAAAAGGCGCCGUUUAUGACUGCAGUCUUGUGCCUGAUACUGGCGUUCCUCGCCAUUUCGCAAACAUGGGGUGAAAAUCACGGACACGCUGAAAAUCUCGACACGUUGUUGAAGGCACCUCACCGAUCCGACAUCAGUGGUUUCAACGCCCUAAAGCGUGGUAAGCAAGGUGGAUUAUCUGUGUCUGUGUAUCUGCUAAGUGUCUUUCGCGCCUUAGACAAGCGUCUCUGGGCUUUGACUAUCACCUCUUGCUUCUUCGAGGGAUCACUUUUUCUUUGGAUAUUCUUCAAAUUCCCAGCAUUGAGACUCUCGCAUCAACUGGCCGGCAGGGGGUCUGACCUUCCAUUCGGGGUGAUCUUCGCCGAUCUCAUGUGUGCAAUGAUGCUCGGUUCCCGAUUUUUCACCUGGUACUCGGCUCAACCUCUCGGAGGUUGGAUCGUAUCUCCCGCCAUGAUGCUCGUCAUAUCACAAUUAGUGGCGUCGUGCUGCUUCAUCAUACCAACCCUUUGGCGAAAUGAAGCUGUCACGUUCUGGUGUUUCUGCGUCUUCGAGAUGUGUUGUGGUGUUUACUUCCCCACAAUGGGCAAUCUGAAGGAAAAGAUUGUGGAUGACAAUAUCAGGGCCAAAAUAUAUGGCAUCUUGAGACUGCCCCUGAAUUUGUUUGUCGUUAUUGGUCUCGGUUUGACUCAAGAUGGCGAACGACACCGAGAUAAUAUGUUCAUAAUAUGCAGCAUGGCUUUAGCAACCGCUGGAGCAACAGUGAGAUCACUCUUGGGCGAUUAA